CCCCUUGAAAGGCUCAAGCCAGACAGGCAAGCACUGGCCGCACCGCGCUGGUGCGUCGUCUUGUCUUCGACGAAAGGGAGCGGUGUCGGUGGCUUUUCGACCCCCAUAUCGACACCAACGAAGAUGGGGCCGCGGCGUGGCGCGACCGCGCUGGCCCUGGCCCUGCUGUGCCGCUGCGCCACGCUCGCCGCGGGCGCCGGGGGGUCGAUAUCCGGCACGCAGAAGGUGAUCCAGAUGCUGACGGACAUGGCGGCGAAGUCCAAGGAGGAGAAGGCGGAGGAGGAGGUCAACUUCUCAAAGUUCAAGACGUGGUGCACAGAGGAGAUCAGGAAGGUGACCGCGGAGAUCGCGAAGAACGCCGCUGACAUCGAGUCUCUUACCGCAGAGAUUGCAGCGCUGAAGGCGGCCGCCUCAGAGCUGGAGAGUGAUGUCGCCCAGCUCAACCGCGAUGCGACCAAGUACGAUGCUGACAUGGAGAAGGAGACCGCUGAGCGCAAGAAGGAGCACGAGGCGUUCGUCGCCGAGGAGCAAGACUACGGCGAGAGCGUCGAUGCGCUCGGGCGUGCCAUCACGGUACUAAAGGCGCAGGACGUUGACCGCACGGGCGCGUCAUCGGCCUUGGUGGAGCUGGCGAAGGACUCGAAGCUGCCCUCAAAGGUCAAGUCGGUGGUCACUGCUUUCGUGGCCAUGGCGAGCAACAGCAGCGACCCCAGCAACCUGGACUACAAGGCCCCCGAAGCUUACGGGUACGAGUUCCAGUCGGGCAGCAUCGUGGACAUGCUGAAGAAGCUGGAGGACGAGUUCAGGACUAAGCUCGGGGAGUCACAGAAGGAGGAGAUGAACUCAGCGCAUGCGUAUAGCAUGGUCAUGCUGGACCUGAAGGACUCCAAGGAGAACUCCCUACAGGACAUUCGUGACAAGACGGCUCAGAUGCAGCGCAAGCUCGCCAAGGCCGGUGCCAGCAGCAAGCAGUUGACCGCGACAGAGUCCAUGAAGGAGGCCAACGAGAAGGAGCUCAAGGACAUGCAGACCGAGUGCGUCCAGAAGGACUUGUCCUUCCAGGAGAAGCAGAAGCUCCGCGCAGAGGAGAUCGAAGCGAUCGAGAAGGCGGUGGAAAUCCUGUCCUCGCCGGAGGUGGCCGGCGCGGCGGACAAGUACCUGACGCUGGCGCAGUCCAAGAAGAGCCCCGUCGCCCUCAUCCAGGCGGACUCGCGCUCCAGCGCCGAGGCUCGGGCGCAGGGCAUCCGCAGGAGGGUCCGCGACUUCCUCCAGCAGGAAGGCCACAGGUUGAAGAGCCAGGGGCUCUCGGCCCUCGCGGACAAGAUCGCGGCGGAUCCGUUUGCCAAGGUGAAGAAGCUCAUCGACGGGAUGAUCACGCGCCUCCUGGAGGAAGCGAAGGAGGACGCGGACCACGAGGGGUUCUGCGACACCGAGAUGGGCAAGAGCAAGGUGACCCGCACGCGCCUCAGCGAGGAGAUCGACGCGCUCGAGGCCGCGGUCGAGUCCGGCAAGGCCACGAUCAUGGACCUGGCGAGCAGCACCGAGGCGCUGACGAAGGAGGUGGCGGACCUGACAGCCGCCAUGGCGGAGGCCACGGAGUUCCGCGAGAAGGAGAAGAAGACGAACGCCCUGACCGUGGAGGACGCCAAGUCCGCGCAAAGGGCGAUCGCCGCCGCGACGAAGGUGUUGGCGGACUUCUACAAGAAGGCUGCCACCGCCACGGCCUUCUUGCAGCUGUCCAGGAAGCCGGAGUGGGGCCUGAAGAUGGGCGUGAAAAUGGGGUCCGACGAGUGGAACUCGCUCGCGAACCCGGAGUACAAGGGCUCUGGCGACACUGGCCACAAGGAGGGCAUGCAGACGUUCGGGGCAACCGAAAAAGGCCAGCAGUCCGAGAACGAGUAUGGUGUGCUCGCGCUGCUGGAGGUCAUCCAGUCCGACUUCGCCAACCUGGAGGCCACGACCAAAGCCGCCGAGGCAGAGAGCCAGAGCUCCUACGACGAGUUCAUGAUCCAGUCGAAGAAGAGCAAGGCAAAGAAAGACAAGAAGAUUGCCAUGAACGAUGCCGACAAGGCCGCGGCGGAGUCCCAGAUGCAGAUGGACAUCUCCGACCUGAAGGCCACGCAGGACGAGCUGAUCGCCGCCGAGUCGUACUACGAGCGCCUGGUGCCACAGUGCAUCGACAAGGGCAUGACUUUCGACGAGAGGACCAAGGCCCGAGAGUCCGAGAUGGCAUCCCUGAAAGAGGCGCUGGCGAUCCUGGACAGCCCCGACAUCGUCACCUCGGCCUAG